AUGAAGCAAACGCUUUUGUCGCUCACCUUAGCUGGGCUCGUGACAGGCACUCUAGGACAGAACACAACAAGUCUAACGCUAGACGAACUCUGGGACCAGUAUGUUGGACCUGUGAGCACCUCGCCAGUCAAUAGCACCGUCGAUCCGACUCCCGUGCCUUCCGAGUCACUCACCCCUCCGCCGCCUUUGAACUACCCGCCAUUUCCAUUCCCUGGUGGGGCUCAGGUCCCUCUACAAGAUCGGAAUGAGAGCUGGAAAUUCCCACAGAGCUUUUUGCGCGGAAUUUCAGGCUCAGCGUUCCAGAUCGAAGGUGCCGUAAAGGCUGACGGACGAGGCCCAAGUAUCUGGGACGUCCUCACUCACAUUCCCGGAUAUGUGGUGAACAACGACACGGCAGAUAUAGCGAACAACAAUUACUUCCUGUUCAAGCAAGAUAUCGCCCGUAUCGCCGCGCUCGGCAUCAACACAUAUGCCUUCUCCAUCUCAUGGUCACGAAUUUUCCCCUUUGGCUCGGGGGACGUUAACAAAGCAGGUCUCCAGCACUACGACGACUUGAUAGACACAUGCAUUCAGUAUGGAAUCACCCCAGUGAUCACUUUGUACCAUUGGGACCUCCCACUCAACCUGCAACUCACCUACGGCGGGUGGCUCAACGACCAGAUCACAACCGACUUCAGCGAGUACGCCCGCGUGGCCUUCACGAGGUGGUCCAGCAAGGUCCACUACUGGGUCACGUUAAACGAGCCCUCCGUCUUCUGCAAUUACCAGCUUCCAGAGGGUUACUUCAACGACAGCGCGACCGCCGCCAUCCCGCCCAAACAGCAGUUCUACACCUGCGCCCGCAAUGCCCUCCUAGCUCACGCGUCAGCCUACCACAUCGGCAAGGGCAUCGACUCCUCCCUCAGCAUCUCAUUCAAGAACAAUGGCGCGUACAAGAUCCCCGUUGAUGACAGCGCAGAGACCGCGGCGGCUGUCCAGCGGGCGUGGGACUUCAACGACGGCCUGUGGGCGACUCCGAUAUUUCUCACCGGCGACUUCCCUGAGAGCAUCAAGCAGCACGUCUCGGAGUUCCUGCCGGCAUUCACGGAGGAGGAGAAGGCGCAGAUCAACGGGACCAGCGAUCUAUUCAUGAUCGACGCCUAUGGCGGUGGAGGUUUUAUCAAGGCCCCCGGGGAUGGCGGCUUGAAGGCGUGCAUCGGCAAUUCUUCGCACCCUGACUAUCCUGGAUGUUACGAGGGCUCUCCAACCUACCCAGGAGCCGACUACUGGCCUACCGGUCCUGCUGUUGACCCCUGCGCAAGUUGGCUGUCAUAUAGUACCGAUUGGGUCCCGACCAUGCUAAAGAAUUAUCAGGAGAUGUUCAAACCAGCUGGUGGCAUUGUUGUAUCAGAGUUCGGGAUGCCUGAACCGUAUGAGAGUUUGCGAACAAAUCUCCAGUCUAUAGUCAUCGACCCUCUUCGUUCCAGAUACUACAAAGAGUACGUGCAGUCGAUUUUGAUGGCUAUUUCUGAAGGUGUCAAUGUGGUUGGGACGCUGGCUUGGAGUAUCUUUGAUAAUUUUGAAUGGGACCACGGUUACUCAUGCCGCUUUGGUGUGCAGUAUGUCAAUUUUACAACACAAGAAAGGUACUUCAAGGCAAGUGCUUUUGAGUAUGUGAACCAGUUCAAAAUAUACCAGGAAGAAUGA